AUGAAUUCUAUUCUAUCAACUCCCAGAUUACUUAAAUAAAUAACUCCUUCAUAAUUUAGAAGUUUAAAUUAAUUAAAUAUUCGUCAUGAAGACAAUGAAGAUAAGGGAUUUAUGACAAAAUAUGUUUCAAUCUUAAAAAAAAAUGCGAAUGGAUAGGUUAUCACUAUAUAAAAAAUUAUUUAUAUUUUGAAAUUGCAUUAGUUAUUAAGAAAUUAUGAAUAAUUAGAAACAUUGAAAAAAUAUUUUGAAGAUCACUUUCCAUAUAUUGGGUAAAAAAUUAGUGAAAUAAAAUUUAGCAAAUUUAAGGAUAGACUUGAUGGAAAUAAAUGUUUGGACAUUUUUCGAUUUAUGACUGUUGAAAAAUACAAAACUUUAAAUAUAAUAUUUCGUCAUGGAGAACCAGGAAGAAAAAUGUAUUUUAUAUUGUCUGGUGAAGUUGGAAUAUUUGUUCCAAAAUGCAGAUAAAGUUAAGAAAUCUAAAAUUUGAUUUGCCAGUAUUUAAUUGAUAAUAUUGCUAAGCGAUUUUAAAGAUAUUUAAGAAAUUUAGUUUUAAGAGUUUAGAUUGGUUGCCUUAAAAAAGUUUGGAGAUGUCUUUGGGGAGAUCUCAAUAGAAUAGAGAGUUUCUAGAACUGCAACAGUAGUAGCUAAAACAGAUGUUUUUGUAGCUUAAUUAUCAUAUGAAAUGUAUUAAGAUGUAAUUGGAAGACAUCAGAAUGAAAUGACUGCUAAAAAACUAUAAUUUAUUAACACAAUUCCACUUUUUUAAGAUUGGGAUCAAAAAUAAAAAUUAAUAGCUUUAUCUAGCUUCGAAUAAAAUACAUCUACUUGUGGAUAAAGUAUUUUCAAAACCGGAAAUUUAGAUGAAUAUAUAUAUCUAGUGGUAACUGGAGAAGUUGAAAUUAUUAAAUUUAAUUAGGUUCAAUCCAAUUUUUCUUAAAAACUAGUAAAAAAGUUAUAAAUUAUUGCCAUCAUUAAUUCUGGUCAAUUCUUUGGCGAUUAUGAACACAUUUAUAAUAUUUCAAAUAGAAUUACCUAAGCUAGAGCAAAGAUGGACACAGUUUAUUAUAAAAUUAAAUACAAUCUUUUUAUUGAUCUAUUAGAAAUGUAUGGAAAUAUUGAAGAGUAUAAAAACGCUUAAAAGAUUAAAUUUAAUAUUUAGUAGAAUUUAGUUAAUUAAGUUUAAAAUUGUAAAAGUGAAAAUUCAGAUGAAUAAUAUUCAUUCAAUUUAGAUCUAAACCAAUUAAAAACAAGUUACUAUAAAAAUUAGAAAAUAGAAAAACUAAAAACCUAAUUAAAAAAAUAGAUAUUUAAAACUGAAGAUAAAAUUAAACAAGAUUAUUAUAAAGAUCAAUUAAAAACUGUCAGUUAAGCUUUGAGUUUGUAAGAAACUAUAUAACUUAAAAAAUAUUCUAAUUUAAUACCUCAUAAACAUGAUUUUUUUGUUAAUGAAGAAAAUUGUAUUUCUUCGCCAAAUCACGCUCGCUCCCAAAAGAUUUUUAGUAAAGUGUUUGAAAAAAAUGAAGAAUUAAAGGCAUAAAAAAAGAAAAAUCUAAGUAAGUUUAGAGAUAAUCAAAUUAAAUAUCAUUUGAAUAAAAAAUUUAAAGGAAUGAAUCGAUAAAAAAUUAAAAGUCAUAAUGUUUAAUUAGAAUAAUCAGAUUCAAUAUCAUUUUAAAAAAUUAUUGAAAACAAGGUUGCUAAACUUAAUCUAACAAAAUCAUAUGAAAAGAUUAAAAGAGCAACAUCUGAAAAUGAUUUAAAAUAAGAGUAAAGAACUCCUCAUACUUAUUUAUCACUUCAUAUUCGAUCUUAUCAUUAAGAAAGUCUUUCUUCUAAUAGAUCAAUAUAAUUUAAAUCAUAAAUAAAACAAAAUAUGCAAGAGUUUAAAUUUUAGAAAACGAUUUAAUUUUGA